CAACAUUCUACUAAAUGUUUCAGUUGGCUUCCAUACAUGUGUGACGGAAUCGGACGCGUUUCGGUAAACAAGCGAGGUGCUCCUGCGAGACGGACGACACGUGCUUCAGAACAUCCUCUGGUGAAGAAGAGUGAGUUUAUUCAUACAAGAUGAAGGUCAUAAAUGGUGCCAAACCAAAACCUAAAUUUAUGAAGAAGAAGAAGCCUAAGGUGAAAAAAGUUCCCAAAGUACAGGAGAGCCUGGAAGCCGAAUCAGGAGUUGUCUUUAUAUCUCACCUCCCACAUGGAUUUUAUGAUAGGGAACUAAAGGCAUUCUUCUCACAGUUUGGAAAACUGUCAAGGGUGUCUGUGCCACGGAGUGAAAGUACUGGUACAGUGUGUGGUUAUGGCUAUCUGGAGUUCCAUGUCCCAGAUGUUGCAAAAAUUGCAGCAAAAACAAUGAAUGGUUAUUUGGUUAAAGGAAAGAUUUUAAAAUGUGAGUAUGUACCUAAAGAAAGAGUAAGUGAGAAGAUGUUUCCAAAACAAAUAUAUAAUGGCCACAAUUGUCCAAAAGCAAAGCGGAGGGAGGAAGCAAUUCAAAAGAUGAAUAGAGUUCUCAGUCAAGACGAGAAGGACAAGAAGAUGAAGCGGUUAAAAAAGAACUAUGCAAAAAAGUUAAGGGACCUAGGAAAAGAAGGUGUUAUUGUUGCCUUGAAUGGAAUGCCAAAUCAUAAACAAAUGCUGAAAAGGAUAAAACAAGAAGUUAUGGAUCCAGAACUGAAGGAUAGUGGGCCACGGACUGAGAACAUAUACUUGGAGCGGAUAGACUGGUUUGAAAAGAAGUUCCAGGAAGUGAUAGACUCCGGGGAUAAGCUUGACUUUGAAAUAAAGACUGCUGAAGUGAGGAAGAUAAGAGACAAAGCUCUGGUGGAAGCUCUCAGUCCGGAGCAAAUGGAGACAUUAAAGAAACAGAUUAGUUCCUAUAAGAAGCAAAUGAAGAUACUGCAAGCAGAAGGCAAGAUCAGAGGGGACAUAAUCAUUGAUGAUGUUGAAGAGACGAAAAGGGCAGAAACUGAAGAAUCCGAAACUGAGGAAGCAGAAGAAGAAUUGGAUAGUGAAUCUGAGGUAGAUGAUGAGGAGAGUGAGCUAGGAGAAGAAAAUGUUCCUCCCCUUCCUGAAAAGAGAAAAAGGAAGAGGGCAAUGAAGACAAAGGAAUCCAAGGCGGAGACUUCAGUAAAGAAGGCUCAGAGCAAGGGAGGCAACAUUAGCGUAACUGCAACUAAGGCAGAAAUCAAGAAGAACGAACCCCUAAAAGGAAAGAAAAAGAAGGCCUCAAAAGGAAAGAAAAAGAAGGGCAAGAAAACAAAGAAAGCCUUGAAUGGCACACUUGAGGAAGAAAACGAGACGAAACAGGAUGCCAUUGUAGUAGAAGUUGAUGGAAGUGAUGAUGAAAUAGCAUUCAAAACUCCUCCAAAUAUGGUGAAGAAAUUUGUCAAGAUUACUCCAUCAUCACCUGCAAAUAAAAUCCAUACACCUGAAGGAAAGAGCACAGCCACUGAGCAGUCCCUUGUGAAGAGUCUCUUUAGCAAAAAGAAAGGCCUGCCAUCUACACCAAACAAAGCUGAAGAUAUACUUCAGGCUGUUACUCCCCAAACUGUCAAGUUGACACCAGGAGCCAAAAAACUGGGGAAGAAAAGGAAGGCGGAAGAAAUUACACCCUCUGAUACUAAGGAAGAACCCACAGCUAUUCUGAAGAAAACACCCAAGAAGAAUGCAAAGACUCCCUGUACCCCAUCUGCAUCAUCAGCCUUAGAUCAAGUAACAGAAGAACCAGUCUCUGCAACAGCAACAUCUGUUGGGGAGAAUGAAUCAGUUGAGGCAAAGACUCCAAAAACAACUAAAACUUCAGUAACUCCUAAGAAAACUCCAAAAGCUUCUCAGAAAACUCCCAAAAAGGUUCCUGGUACACUGACUGAUGAAAACAAACCAGUUGAGGCAAAAACUCCUAAAACAACUAAUACUUCAAUAACUCCUAAGAAGACACCUAAAACUACACAGAAAACGCCCAAAAAGGUUCCUGGUACACCAGCAGAUGAAAUCAAACCAGUCGAGGCAAAAACUCCUAAAACAACUAAUACUUCAAUAACUCCUAAGAAGACACCUAAAACUACUCAGAAAACGCCCAAAAAGGUUCCUGGUACACCAGCAGAUGAAAACAAACCAGUCGAGGCAAAAACUCCUAAAACAACUAAUACUUCAAUAACUCCUAAGAAGACACCUAAAACUACACAGAAAACGCCCAAAAAGGUUCCUGUUACAACUGCUGAUGAAAACAAACCAGUCGAGGCAAAAACUCCUAAAACAACUGAUUCUUCAAUAAUUCCGAAGAAAACUCCUAAAAAGGCUUUUGGUGCACCAACUGAUGAAAACAAACCAGUUGAGGCAAAAACUCCUAAAUCAACUAACACUUCAGUAACUCCUAAGAAAACUCCAAAAGCUACUCAGAAAACUCCCAAAAAGGUUCCUGAUGCACCAGCUGAAGAAGACAAACCAGUUGAGGCAGCAAAAAUUCCUAAAACCCCUGAAGCAAAGACAGGUAAGACAAAAACACCAAAAUCAACAAAAAGAAAAGACGAAAAUAGUAAUACAGGAGGAGAACAACCUGUUGCUGCUAAUGGCACGACUCCACUCAAAAGAACAGUAGAAGAACCUCAGGCAAAAGAACUCUUUAAGAAAUUAAAGAUAGAACAAACCACAACUCCCAAGAAAACUGCAAAGACACCUGGUACUCCAUCUGCAUCAUCAGCAUCAGAUCAAGUAAAUGAAGAAACUGUUGAGACAAAGAUUCCCAAGGCAGCAAAAACUCCCAAAACUCCCAAAACUCCAAAGGCUCCAAAAACUCCCAAAACUCCCAAAACUCCCAAAACUCCAAAGGCAAAGAUAGAUGGUACAAAGACACCAAAAUCUGCAAAAAGAAAGGCAGGUGCUCCAUUAGGUCAAAGUGAUGGUUCAGCAGCAUUACGUACACCUGUACUUGACGGAACUCCACUCAAAGAAAAUCUCAAGAAACUAAAAGUAGAUCCCACAGAAUUGGCUACAACUCCAGUAAAAACUCCUAGGAAGGCCAUUAAGAAGACCCCCAAAGUAGAUGAAGGCUCAACAACUCCUCUUCGAAAGUCCAGUAGAACUGGUAAGAAUAAUAUGUCUUAAGCUCCUGCACCAAUGAAAACAAAACAAAACAAAACCAAGAAAAUUCCUGUGUCAAUAAGAGACUUGAUGGGAGCCACAAAAUCUAUUACAUUUUGAGAGUGAGGAUUUAGUUAAAGCUUAUGUAUGUAAAUUAACAUGAAUUAUAUUGGUCUAAUUUGUAGACCUAUAGUAUUUGGUUGGAUGGUAUUUUUCUUGUCUACAAGACAUUUUAUAACCAUGUUCAAUUAUAGCAAAUAUUACUGUAAUAUUUUAGAAAGUGUCUUGGUUCACUUUUUAACCAAGUACCAGGAUUUAUUUAAAUGAAACGUGUUGUUAUUAGUUAUGCAGACCAAUUUAUGGGAAAAAAAUGAAAUUUACUGUAAUUGAAAGAGGUCUGCAGUGAAUUUUUGUUGUUUUUUCAAUAAAACUGAAUGGAAUUGU